GCUCACUUUUAUCUCUUUGUUAGACACUUCAAAUCAACAAAGCCAGUGUCAGUGCAGAUCAAAACUUUUACGAGUUCAGAAAAAUAAAAAAAAAGAUGAUGUUACUGGAUAAAGAUUUACUGGUUUCCAUUAUUUGAUUGUUUCUUGAUUACAUAGUCCAUCUCUUUUAAUCGUUUCUCUUUUCCAUUUGCACAAGUUCAUCGCGACGUUUCGAGUUUGUAAAAUUCAGGCAGACAUGGCCAUCAAAGAGAACGUAGAGAGGGAUGUGCAGAAGGAGGAAGCAAGAGAGCCACUCAUGAGGGUGGUGGAGAAUAAAAUGGACGGUGAAGAUCGAAGCAGCAGAGGGGAUCAAUGGAUGGUUUAUCUCAGCACAUUUGUUGCAGUUUGUGGCUCUUUUGAAUUUGGAUCCUGUGUUGGUUAUUCAUCGCCGACUCAAUCUGCCAUCAGGGAAGAUCUCAGUUUAACAUUAGCAGAGUUUUCAGUGUUUGGAUCCAUAUUGACAUUCGGCGCAAUGAUGGGUGCUAUCACAAUUGGUCCCAUAACUGAUUUUCUAGGCCGGAAAGGGGCGUUGAGAGUUUCCUGUGCUUUCUGUGUUGUAGGUUGGCUCGCUAUUUACUUCUCGAAGGGAGUUUUGUCUCUGGAAAUUGGGAGACUGGCAAGUGGAUAUGGAAUGGGAGCCUUUUCAUACGUGGUACCUGUUUUCGUAGCUGAAAUCGCACCCAAACAUCUUCGAGGAAGACUAACUGCUGUAAAUCAGUUAAUGAUCUGCGUUGGAGGGUCCAUGUCGUUCAUAUUUGGGGUAGUAGUAAGUUGGAGGGAUUUAGCAUUAAUCGGAAUUGUUCCAUGUGCUGUGACCAUUCUCGGCCUCUUUUUCAUUCCUGAGUCUCCAAGAUGGUUGGCAAAGACAGGACACCAGAAAGAUUUCGAAGUUGCACUGCAGAAACUUCGUGGUAAAGAUGCUGACAUCUCUCACGAAGCAGCAGAAAUCCAGGAUUAUAUAGCAACUCUUGAACGGCUCCCAAAAGCUAAAUUACUGGAUUUUUUUCAAAAGAGAUACUUGCGGUCGAUCAUUAUUGCGGUUGGGCUGAUGGUCUGUCAACAAUUGGGGGGAAUUAACGGGGUCUGUUUCUACACCAGCAAUAUUUUUAAGCAAGCAGGAUUUUCGCCUAGUGUUGGAACCAUAUCCUUUGCUAUCCUUCAGGUUGUGGUUACUGGCAUUGGUGCAUCUGUGAUGGAUAAAGCCGAAAGAAAGCCUCUAAUUCUGAUUUCUGCAUCAGGCUUGGUACUCGGAUGUCUCCUGACUGCCAUUUCAUUCUUUCUGAAGGUUCAUGACUUGGCACACAAGGCAUCUCCCAUACUUGCUGUAACCGGCAUUCUGGUCUAUAUAGGAUCCUUUGCGAUAGGAAUGGGAGCAGUUCCUUGGGUCAUUAUGUCUGAGAUAUUCCCUAUAAAUAUCAAGGGGCAGGCUGGGAGCUUAGCGACGUUGGUGAACUGGUUCGUUGCAUGGUUGUGUUCCUACACUUUCAACUAUCUUAUGAGUUGGAGCUCCUACGGUACCUUCAUUCUGUAUGCAGCAAUCAACGCUCUGGCCGUAGUGUUUGUGGUUUCGAUGGUACCUGAAACGAAGGGGAAAACCCUGGAACAAAUCCAAGGAGCCAUUAACUAGUAGAGAACAAAAGGAAGGAAACGAAGAGC